GUGGUAAACAACGAGGAACAACUUUCAAAAUCAGACAUACAGCUGUCAGCAGCUGCCGAUAUGGCUGGAUUCGGGGGCCUCGGCAGUGUCUUUCAGCGGCGGAGGAAGAGAAACGGCAGCAGCAGUCGACGCUGGGCCGUAAAGAGCAAGCAGCCGCUUAGGACUUCCGUCACACCAACGACCCCUGAUCCAAACGACGUGAAAAAGGUGGACAUUUUAAAGGAGACAAGUGUUCAAGACACUAAACGACAGUCUUCACUACGUAUUGAAGCACUGUUUUUUGUGGUUGGAAGUGUUAUGCAAAAGUGCAGAAAUACAAUUAGUAAUACCUGUUCUGGCUUCCUAAAUGCCUUUCUCUUUUGGAGAGGGUAUGCAGAAAGAGUGGAGUCCCUUCACCAAAAAGUAGAAGAGCUACAAAUGGAAAUAGCACAGUUGCAUUCCACUCUGAAACUGUCUCGAGAAGCCAAGAUUUCAGGUGGUACUUUACAAAUACCUGAUGGUGUUCACUGUUUUAUACCACCACCUCCUCCACCUGUCUCCCUUCCACCACCACCACCUCCUCCACCACCACCACCACCUCCUCCUCUUCCUCCAAUUCCAUCCAUAUUUACUAUUCCCAUCAAGUCUGCCAAACCUCCCUCUCUAAAGGAGAAGAGCGAUGUCCCUGUUGCGGUGACUCUUCAGGAUCUUAAAGCAGUACGACUGAGAAAGGUGAAUGUAACCAAUAAAACUCAGUUGUCUCCAGACAAACGAAGAUCACAACUGGUCACACUUGCUGACUUGCAGAAAGUCUGUUUGCGACGCCCUCAAUCUGAUGUGUCAGUGAAGUUUAGAUCGAGCAUUAGAAGGACACCAACUAAAAGUUCGAUGAAUCUUCGGGUACAACUUCGAAAAGUGCUCAUGAGCAGGAGUCCUGGCGGUACACCCCUGCAAAAUAAGGAGAAUGAGGUUAAGGAUUCAAGCCUUGAAAUAAGCAUGACCAAAGCUUUAGGAAACAAGCGCGUGAGUGAUAUAACUAAAGAGUUAUCGCCAAUGAAGUCCAUCUAAGCCAAGAAACAGAUAAUUUUAUUGUUUUAACCUUUAUUUGCUAUUGCACAUUGUUUUUUAUGUGACCUUUUGGUAAUGCCUAAUAAUGUUGCCUUGUAUUUUGUUUGUUCGUUUUCUUUUGUAUGUUUACUGUGACGGUGAUAAUAGUUUUCACCAGUUCAUACAUUCAUAUUGCUAUAUCAGUAGCACUGCUAGUGAUAUAACAGUAUGUUAUUACUUGCUGCUUUUGAAAUGUUUCUUAUCUCUCAUGUCACAACCCUUAUGUUACAAUCAUAAAAACAACUGUAAACUUUAUGAAAAUUAAAUGUACAUAUUGAGCAUAAUGCUAGAUGCAGCUCAUCAGUGGAGUGUACAGGUCCUUGUUGUAAAGAGAUUGUGGCAUGUGUUAAGUCAUCUGUAAAAUAUAAGGCCUGAUACUGUGUUAAAGUUUGCCCAUGUGUAAGGUGGUUAAGUCAUUGAUCUAAAAAUUCAAUGUGCUUGUGGUAUCGUAUGUAUAUGAUAAAACGUAAAGCACAAUGACUUUGUAUAAGCCUUCCUGAGGUGCCUUUUGUGUAUUUGUUUUAUAUUAUUUCAGGUGUUAACACCAAAUUGUCUGAAUGCUAUUCUUGUUAGUCUUAAUGUUGUACUCUGAGGGUCUUUUGCAAUAUUUUCUUAAAACUGUUUUAUUUGUAACGUUAUCUAAAAAAUUAUUGCAAUGAAUGCAGUGUUUAAUAAAAGUGGACCUACAAAAAAAUCUG